GUCUCUUUGAUCUUCGCUGUUCUAAAGCGCGACUGUUUGUUACUUUCAAGUCGCGGCGAUCGUCACAGCAUAAAGAACUUUUCCUCUCUCCCGCGAGUCUCAAACGCUCAUCUGAGCGCGGAAAACAGCGACGACAACAAUCAAAAGUACAUUAAUAAAGUUCUCUCGAAUAUGCCGCAGCUGAACGGUGGAGGGGGAGAUGAUCUCGGGGCGAAUGAUGAGAUGAUCGCGUUUAAAGAUGAAGGGGAUAACGAGGAGAAGAUCCGCGAGAGCGCGUUCACGGAGAGCGACUUGGCUGAUCUCAAAUCAUCUCUGGUCAAUGAAUCCGAGAUCAGCCAGAACUCAAACUCUGCCGUGAUCAGAAGAGGACAGCAGGAAGAUCAGAGAAUCUACACCGAUAAACGAGAACAUCUGGACGACGUGCCCAAACAUCAAGAUGGUGGAAUGUAUAAAGCGCCGUAUUCUGGAUACCCGUUCCUGAUGCUGCCCGAGCCGUAUCUACCGAACGGACCCGUCUCGCCAUCUUCCAACAAAGUGUCGGUGGUCCAGCAGGGGAUGCAUCCUCUGACGCCGCUGCUGCCGUACGAUCACUUCAACCCCAGUCCUCCACACAUUCCCACAGACGUCAGCCAGAAACCAGGUGUCCACAGGCAUCAGCCGCAGGAGAUCUCCGGUUUCUACUCGCUGCCUCAAGGCCAGAUCACUCCGUCCAUGAACUGGCCCAAUCAGCCUGUCUAUCCUCUGCCCUCCUGCGGCUUCAGACAGUCCUUCUCCUCCAGCCUCCAGAGCAGCUCCUCCUUCCCCAGGUUCUCUCAUUCUCUGAUGCUUCAGUCCGGCAUGCACCCUACAGGCAUCCCACACCCCGCGAUAGUGCCUCCCUCCGGCAAACAGGAGCACGACCAGUACGACAGGAACAUUUACGCAAGUUGUAGAGCAAAUUGCCUUCUGUUUGGUCCUGUGAGAUCUGGAAUUGUCUUCAAAUCUCAUCCAGAGGUGAAGCGCGAGAAGGAGCCCAAGAAGCCGGUGAUCAAGAAGCCGCUGAACGCGUUCAUGCUCUACAUGAAGGAGAUGAGGGCCAAAGUCAUCGCCGAGUGCACGCUGAAGGAGAGCGCCGCCAUCAACCAGAUCCUGGGCCGACGGUGGCAUGCUCUGACCCGCGAGGAACAGGCCAAGUACUAUGAACUGGCACGGAAGGAGCGACAGCUUCACAUGCAGCUUUAUCCCAGCUGGUCGGCCCGAGACAACUACGGCAAGAAGAAGCGAAGGAAACGAGACAACAAGCAAGACUCUGGCACAGACCCCGGCUCGCCAAAGAAAUGCCGCGCUCGCUUUGGCCUCAACCAACAAACGGACUGGUGCGGCCCCUGCAGGAGGAAAAAGAAGUGCAUUCGCUAUCUUCAAAGAGGACGCUGCGCCAGCCCCCAUUCUUCCGAUGGAAGUGCUAUAGACUCCCCCCCUUCACCUGUCUAUCACCCGCCAAACCCCGCCUCUCCCCUCGCCUCCCCCACCAGCAGGCCCCUCCCACAGAGCGCCAAACGCUCCGCCCCCCCACCCAGACUCUCGCUCGACUUCAGCAGAAUUAAAACAGAGAGCGCCGUAAGACAGCCACAAUGACCCAGACUGACGGCUCUAUCGCUGAGGAGACGAUCUCACGCUCUUCAAGUUCUCUUCAGUUUCCUCAGCAAAAAAAAACAAACAACUUCACAUGUGGCGUCCUCUCAUCUUUUAGGAAGUCAUGGAAUUAGAUUUCCGUGUGGAUGAAUCUCAUGAAGAAUGUUUUAUUUUUCCCCGUUUUCAUUCAUUUUAAUGACAAUUAAGCAUAUUGUUUACAUUACCAAUAAUGCAAAUAAGAUCAUUUUUGUUACUGUAGUUUGGAAUAUAUAUAUAUAUAUAUAUAUAUAUAUAUAUAUAUAUGUACACACACACACACACACACACACACACACACACAUAUAUAUAUACAGGGUUCAACAUUUACACUUUUAUAUCACGAAACGGUUAAACAGUUAAGGAACAUUACACGAGCGAGAGUGCUGUUUUCCCAAAUAUCAGCACGAUUGCAAACGUGAUUUUAUUCAAUUCAGCAAACAGGAAUUUUAUAUUAAAUGAGUUACAUUUUAGACACAGUAUUUCCAGGUUUUUUCUCCAUUUUGCCAACAAAAACAGUUCCAAACAAAGCCACAGCAGAACUGUUGCGAUUCUCUGAGCAUCUUUGAUCUGUUGAGUGAACAAUUCAAUGACUCGUUCUUGACUGAAUCAGCAGUUUGAACGAAUCGGUUGAAUGAAUGACUCAAGACAGUCACUUAGCGCCACCGACCGGUAGGUUAGUUUCAUAUUUAUAUUAUAUAUGUAUAAAACAUUAAUCUCAUACCAUUAUUUUGCAGUGCAAAUGCAUUUAUUUAAAGUCUGUGCAUCUCAAUUCAAUGAAAAGAUGCAUUUGGCUGAUGCUGAUUUCAUUUGUUUUGCAGCUGUUUAGCCACAAUUACAGUAGUGGAAAUUAUUAUUUUUUUGGUGCAUUACAGUAAUGUGAAUUUUGGGGGAGAUGUGCUUCACUGUCAUCACAAUCCCAAAAGUCUGAAUGGUCUAAAUAACUUCAUUUUCUUUGUGCAAAAUGGAUUUUUCUUCAUGAGAUUCAGCCACUGCGUGUGGAGAUAAAUGUCUUUAAAUCACUGAAAAGUGUCAGUUCUCAUGAUAACUCAUGUACAAUCAAAUAAGUGUUGUUAAACGUCAUCUUUUAUAGAUUGAAAGUCCGUAAAUAACUAAACUUUUAUAUGUUUUUAUGUAAACUGAAAAAAAUAAAUAAAAAACAUUAUUUGGCUGUUUACUUUUAAUGAUACAAGUUCCAUUUUUAAUAGCUUUUGUUGUUUAGAUCUGAAGUAGUCAGCUGUGCCUGUCAUCCAUCCAAACGUCGCAGUAUGAAAUGAAGUAUGUUUAUGUAACCGUGUGUGUGUGUGUGUGUGUGUGAGAGAGUGUGUGUGUGCUUUCUAAAAGUCAUUCAGUGUUGACUCAGGUCUGUUCUGAAGCAAUCAUGCCAUCUGCACAUCUUCAGUGUUGACAUAUAGCAAGUCAUCGCUCUUUCUUUUGCUUUUGAUGUAACAAUAAUCAUUCUCUAGAUUUAUUAAAAUAUUUUGAAAAAUC